AUGGAGAAGCUGAAUUCCACACAGUCGGGCUAUAAAGCCUUGCAGGAACGGAAAGGAAUGAGACGGAUGACAGGUGCCUCACCUUUAGAGCAGAUGCGGCAGUGGGUAAGGCGCGUGGGAUACGAUACCAGUGAUUUCGACCGCUUGAACAUAGUUCAUGUCGCCGGCACCAAAGGCAAAGGUAGCACAUGUGCCUUUGUAAAUUCCAUCCUCCAGUCUUACAAUAGAUCGAUCGGGGUACCACGUAAAGUUGGGCUUUAUACCUCGCCUCAUCUUGUAACGGUUCGUGAGCGUAUCCAAAUCAACUCGGAGCCAAUCUCAGAGGAGAAGUUCACGAAGUAUUUCUUCGAGGUUUGGGAUGCUUUAGAAUCCUCGGCCCUCCGAGAGGGCCUUGAUCCUGCGCUCAAACCAAGGUAUUUCCGGUUUCUGACCCUAAUGUCAUUUCAUGUCUUCAUGAGGGAAGGAGUCGAUGUUGCGAUUUAUGAGGUUGGUGUUGGAGGUGAAGAUGAUUCAACGAAUGUCAUCGUGCAGCCCGCUGUUACUGGAAUCACUACUCUCGGAAUAGACCAUGUGAAUAGUCUCGGCAAUACCAUUGACAAGAUAGCGUGGCAUAAAGCUGGGAUAUUCAAGAAUAAGUGUCCUGCUUUCACGGUUGAGCAGGUCCCCGACGCCAUGGAAGUUCUCAAAGAAAGAGCGGGCGAGAAAGGAGCUCGGCUUGCCACAGUUACGAUUGCUCCAGCGCUUCGAGAUGUGGACAUCAAACCAGCUGAAGAUUUCCAGAGAAAGAACGCUUCUUUGGCCAUCGCGCUCGCUUACACUGCCCUAGAAAAGCUUGGAGUCUCCUUCAAUAAGGAACAGGGAAGUAUCCCUAAGCCAUUCGUUGAAGGCCUCGAAACAGUUACAUGGAGAGGAAGAUGCGAAACAAUCACAAGUGGCCAACUGUAUUGGCAUCUCGAUGGAGCCCACACAGAAGACAGUCUGAAAGUAGCCUGUUCCUGGUUUGGGCGUGUUUCGAAAGAGAAGAACUUGCCUCGCGUGCUCAUUUUCAACCAACAGUCAGCAAGGGAUGCUAUUUCGCUUCUCAAAUGCGUUCAUCGUACUGUAUAUGAUGACUUCAGGACAGAUUUCCAAUACGCCUUGUUCUGCACAAAUAUCACUCACAAAGGCCACUCAUAUAAAGUUGAUCUCGAUGACAGGAACACUGAUCCAGAGGUACUUCGAAACCUCACAUUACAAAAAGAACUGGCAGAUACCUGGCAUAGCUUGGACCCAAGUACAAAAGUAGUAGCACUUUAUUCAAUUGAAGAGGCCGUUGAAUAUGUGAGGAACAUUAGCGGUCACAUUGGUGAGACGCGGGCUCUGGUCACUGGAAGCUUCCGUCUCGUUGGCGGCGCUCUGUCGAUUCUGGAGGAAGAGGAUAUUGCGCAUGGAAAAGCCACAGCUAAUUAG